AUGACCACUGCCGCCGCUAUCGUUGUGCCCGCCGCUACUAAGCACACUGCCACCUUUAUCUUUUUGCACGGCCUCGGGGAUACUGGCGCUGGAUGGUCUUCCAUCUCCGAGAAUUUCCGCCUCCGCAGGAAGUUCGAUGAAUGCACUUUUAUCUUUCCCCAUGCGCCUAGAAUGCCCGUUGACCUGAAUAUGGGCAUGCGCAUGCCCAGCUGGUUCAACCUCUACACUUUAUCUGAGAUGGACACACGCGAAGACGAAAGUGGAAUGCUUUCUAGUGUCGAAAAAGUGCAUGGAAUAAUACAGGAGCAAAUCGAGAAAGGAAUUAAUAGCGAAAGAAUAAUUCUCGGUGGUUUCUCUCAAGGCGGCGCUGUUGCUCUUUUGUCUGGACUCACUUGCAAACAUAAGCUCGGUGGAAUCGCUGCACUUUCCACCUGGCUGCCUUUGAGCAAAAAGAUUGCAUCAAUGACUCAAGACGCCAAUAAAGAGACUUGCAUUUUCCAAGCCCAUGGAGAGAUGGACGGGGUUGUUAAAUUUAAGUGGGGGGAAGAUACAAAGGCAAUUUUGCAGGAGAAGUUGCACCAACCAGUAGAAUGGCACAGCUAUCCGGACCUCGACCACAGCGCGGAUCUACAGGAGAUUAUGGAUAUGGAGAGGUGGAUGCAGAAGAUAAUUGCUGAUCAAGCGUAA